GCUGAGGGUGGAUACCAACAAGCACCUGCAGGCCUGCCUGAGGAUCGAGGCUGGAACAAGGACCAUUUCGUCCCGGAAAGGCGGCACCCAGACAGGAGCAUUGCUCUAAAUACUGGAGUAAACAAAAUGCUACUCAAGAAAUGUUGGAAGGUCGUGAAAUGCAUUUCAUCCUUUAAUCGUACAAUCUUGAGUUUUUGGUCCAUUGUGUCUGUAUUUGUCUUUUUCCAUGUUACUGUGUCGACUGUCAUAAACCACUUAUUACAGACAUAACAGAUCACAGAGAGGCGUUUUCGUGCUGCUUUUGCAAUCAUUGAUGCCCGCUUCCCCUGCCUUCUGCGCUCCACUCCACUUCGGCCCACCGUAGUUUUCUCUCCAAUUCCACCCGUAGCUACUAGCCGUCUUAGCGCCAUUUCGAAAAUAUUCUUCGCAGCCGUGCAUCUGCCUUCUUCCAUUUCUUCUCGAAACCAUCAAUCAACCUCCAUCUCUUCUUUUUGUAAUAUCUCUCUCUCAUCUACAUCAGCUCCCUCACACACAUUCUCUUGUUCUUCACAGCACCCGUCAAUAUGUUGUCUUCAAGAUUGUCCAGAGCUGUAAGAUCUCCCUAUCUGCAUGUUCCAUUGUUGUCAUUGCAUCACCAUCUGACUUGAACAGCUUCCCCGAGCUACCUCUUCCGCCACACGAUCCUCAAACCUCAUCCGCACACCACUUGGCUCCUCAUUUGUGCGCAGAUAUGCAGAUGAUGCAGACAAGAAGGUUCGCGGCCCAGUCAUCGGUAUCGAUCUGGGUAAGUUUCCACUUCCGGCGCUUCAAGGGGUCUCAAUGUGGUCGCAUGCUCACAGUUAUCAUAGGAACCACAAACUCGGCGGUAGCAAUUAUGGAAGGCCCCACAGCUAAGAUUAUUGAGAACUCAGAAGGUGCCCGAACAACACCCUCGGUAGUGGCGUUCGCACAGGAUGGCGAGAGAUUAGUCGGUGUAUCAGCAAAGCGUCAAGCUGUUGUAAACCCAGAGAACACCUUGUUUGCCACUAAGCGUUUGAUCGGACGAAAGUUCACUGAUGUCGAGGUUCAACGCGAUAUCAAGGAGGUCCCAUACAAGAUCGUUCAACACACAAACGGCGAUGCCUGGGUUUCUGCUCGUGGCGAGAAAUACUCUCCAUCGCAAAUUGGUGGUUUCGUUUUGCAAAAGAUGAAGGAGACUGCUGAGGCUUACCUCACCAAGCCUAUCCAGAACGCCGUUGUUACCGUCCCAGCUUACUUCAACGACUCGCAACGUCAAGCCACCAAGGAUGCCGGUCAAAUUGCUGGUCUUAACGUUCUGCGUGUGGUCAAUGAGCCAACUGCUGCUGCUCUUGCUUACGGUCUGGAGAAGGAUGAGGACAAGAUCAUUGCUGUCUACGAUCUAGGUGGAGGAACCUUCGAUAUCUCCGUUCUCGAGAUCCAGAAGGGUGUUUUCGAGGUCAAGUCCACCAACGGUGAUACCCACUUGGGUGGUGAAGAUUUCGAUAUUCACUUGGUCCGCCACUUGGUUCAACAAUUCAAGAAGGAUUCUGGCAUCGAUAUCUCCAACGAUCGCAUGGCUAUCCAGCGUAUCCGUGAGGCUGCUGAGAAGGCUAAGAUUGAGCUGUCUUCAUCUAUGCAAACCGAUAUCAACCUUCCUUUCAUCACCGCCGAUUCUUCCGGACCAAAGCACAUCAACCAGAAGCUUUCCAGAUCGCAACUUGAGAAGCUCGUUGACCCUCUCAUCAGCCGUACCGUUGAGCCAGUCCGAAAGGCUCUGAAGGAUGCCAACCUUGCUGCCAAGGACAUUCAAGAGGUUAUCUUGGUUGGUGGCAUGACCCGUAUGCCAAAGGUUGCCGAGUCCGUUAAGAGCAUCUUCGGCCGUGACCCUGCCAAGUCCGUUAACCCAGAUGAGGCUGUUGCUAUGGGAGCUGCGAUCCAAGGUGGUGUCCUCGCCGGUAACGUCACUGAUGUCCUUCUCUUGGAUGUCACUCCUCUUUCUCUCGGUAUUGAGACCCUCGGAGGUGUCUUCACUCGUUUGAUCAACCGAAACACCACCAUCCCAACCAAGAAGUCCCAGGUCUUCUCCACCGCAGCUGAUUUCCAGACUGCUGUUGAGAUUAAGGUCUACCAGGGUGAGCGUGAGCUUGUCCGUGAUAACAAGAUGCUCGGAAACUUCCAGCUCACUGGUAUCCCACCUGCGCACCGUGGUGUCCCACAAGUUGAGGUCACCUUCGACAUUGAUGCCGAUGCAAUUGUCCAUGUCCACGCCAAGGACAAGUCCACCAACAAGGAUCAAUCUAUCACCAUUGCUUCCGGAUCCGGUCUCUCCGAUGAGGAGAUCCAGAGCAUGGUUGACGACUCGGAGCGAUAUGCCGAGUCUGACAAGGAGCGCAAGAACGCCAUCGAGGCUGCCAACCGUUCCGACAGUGUCUUGAACGAUACCGAGAAGGCCUUGAACGAGUUCGCCGACAGACUCGACAAGACUGAGGCUGACCAAAUCCGUGAGAAGAUUACCACCCUCCGCGAGUUUGUCAGCAAGUCCCAGUCUGGUGAGGGUACCGCCACCGCCGCUGAGAUCAAGGAGAAGACCGAUGAGCUCCAAAUGGCCAGCUUGAACCUCUUCGACAAGAUGCACAAGGCCCGUGCCGAGUCAGGCGAGACCCCACCAGCUGGUGAGGAGGCCAAGCCAGAGGGCGAGGCUAAGGACGGCGAGAAGAAGCAAUAGACGACCAAUAUCGGCAAAAAUUUCCUUGAAUCUUUAGCGUUUUGAGUGGUUCAGAUAGACCACUCCUGUAUUCAUCUCUGUACUCAUAUGUUGCACAUUGGCGACUCUUCUCUGUUGUCAUAGCUACUUCAUGUUCUUCAUAGCUUUGGGGCAAAAAGGCGUUCAGAGCACGCAUUGCGGUGUCAUGCAGCGUGGGCUGGUGGUGGAUACCUUGACACGGAAAAGGGUUUUACUGUGGCUGUAUAAAAACUAGGAUAAGACGACGAAUAAUAUGACAUCCCCUCUCAUAAUACCAGCCUUGUGAUCCUCCUCGACGCAAGGCCUUUCGUGCGUCAAUGCGGCUUGUCAGCACGUGGUUAUUUUUCACGAAGUAAAAACUAGGAGGAAUAGAAGCUCAUUUCCUCAGUUUGUUGCACGUCGCAUUUUCAUAGUGAGUUUCAGGGUUCUUCUAAUUCAAAUAACUAUCUCCGAUCAUGAUUCAGUGCUUUCAUUUAGCCUUGAUCUCCACCGGGUUUUUUGCUUUGCUCGAAACCACUUCAAGAAGUUUAAAUCGACCUCUUUCGGCACACAUCUAGACCUUGACUUCACCUCAAGAAACGUCACAAAAGUGAGUCCUGGAUACGCUCAACUAUAUAAUAUCGGUCAUCUUAGGAGAUCCAUUCAGCCUAUAUUGUGAAUCUGGGGAGCGUUGCAGAUGCGAUCCGCUUUGAUGUCAAAAUGUGGCCAAAGCGAGGAAUCCUUCUGCUUAGGUGAUGAUGAUAGCUGCAAUAAUGCAUCCCGCAUAUACCUUCUGCAUGGCAUACAUCCAAUAGACGUGACUCGAAGAUGACUCGAAAGAAAGUGGCGGACGGGAAGGAAUAGUCUCGAAGGGGCCGAAGACAUCCAUUUUGAUUUGUACCGCAGUCAUCGGUCACGUGCAGCCCUAGCGGGGCUAUGGAAAUUCCCACUCGAUAUUUUUGGAGUUUUCGCUGCCGAAAUCUCCCCCGCCUUGACCGGGACAUCGAAUUUCUACCUUCACGAUACACGAUCGCAUCAACUUCCCGCAACUCCAGAAACCUCUGAAUAGUCAGUUUUCGCCGCACCAAAAAAGAGCGCGUAAUUCCAACAGCAAGAUGUCGAAAUCAGCUGC